AUGGAGGAGGUGGAAGGAGUUGAGGGCAGGGAGAGCUGGGGCCAGACCAAGGCUGUGGCCGCGGCUAGGGGGGCAGCGCCCAGCCCGGAGCCGGCCGAGCCCGCCGGCGCGGCCACGCUGCCCGUCAGCUACCGGCUCUCCAGCACGCGCCUGGCCUUCUUCCUCAAGGAGGUGGGAGCCCUUCCCGGCGGCAACGCCAGCACCCCGCUGCAGCGCGCCGAGCCCUUCGUCGUCUUCCAGACCAAGGAGCUGCCCGUGCUCAACGUCACCCUGGGGCCCUUCAGCACGGGGCUGGUGCUGCCCAAGGAGCAGCUGCAACCCUCGAGCACCCUGGAGAUCCCCGAGCGCCUGACGGUCAACUGGAAGGUCCGCGCCUUCAUCAUCCAGCCCCGCGUGGUGGCCAGCCAGCCCGUGGUCCAAGUGCUCUUCUACGUGGCCGGCCGGGACUGGGACGACUUCGACGUGGCCGACCGCCUGCCCUGCGUGCAGCUUCACGCCUUCCGCGAUGCCCGCGAGGUCAAGAGCUCGUGCCGCCUGCGGGGCAGCCUGGCCACGUGCUUGGUGCAGGCGGAGCUGCCCCACGCCUGGUUCGGCCCCUCGGCUGUGCCCCUGGGCCGGCGCAAGAGCCCGGAGAGCCUGGAGGCGCCGGGCGAGAGCCAGCAAGCGGAGCUCUACUACACGCUGCACGCGCCCGGCGGCGCCGGCGAGUGCCCGGGUGAGACGUCCCCGCGGCGCGGCGCCGGGGCGGCCCGCGCCGAGGGCCCCACGCAGCACCCCUUGCUGCGCAUCGGCAGCAUCAGCCUGCUGCAGCCGCCCGCCGCGCAGCUCCUGCAGGAGCACCGCCUGGACGGCAACGUCUUCAUCCGCCUGCCCGACAGGCCCCUCAAGCCCGGGGAAGUGCUCAGCAUCUUCCUCUACCUCAUGGGCAACUCCACGGUGGAGCACUUCACGCUCAGGGUGAAGGCCAAGAAGGGCGUCAAUCUGCUCACCACCAAGUCGAGGAGCCUGCAGUGGCUGGUGACCUCAGAGCUGCUGACAGGUGGCAAGCACUCCACGGCCACGGUCGACGUGUCCCGCGUGGACGGUGCUGGGCCCAGGGAUGGGGACUCCUCUGCUGAGAUCAUGCAGCUCGACUUCGAGAUGGAGAACUUCACCAGCCAGUCGGUGACGCGCCGCAUCAUGUGGCACAUCGACUACCGGGGCCGCAACCCACCGCCCGACCUGGAGAAGGUGGUGACAGAGCUGACCGUCAUCCAGAGGGACAUCCGGGCCAUUGUUCCUCUGGCCAUGGACACAGAAAUCAUCAACACGGCCAUCCUGACAGGCCGAACAGUGGCCAUUCCCGUGAAGGUCAUUGCGAUUGAGCUGAGCGGGGUCAUCGUGGAUGUCUCGGCUAUGGUUGAGUGCAAGUCCAACAACGAAGACAUCAUCAAGGUCUCCAGCAGCUGCGACUAUGUCUUCGUCAGCGGGAAGGAGUCGCGGGGCUCCAUGAGCGCGCGGGUCACCUUCACUUACGAGCACCUCUCGGCCUCGCUGGAGAUGACGGUGUGGGUGCCCAAACUACCCCUGCACAUCGAGCUCUCGGACGCCCGGCUGAGCCAAGUGAAGGGCUGGAGGGUGCCCAUCCUGCCGGACAGGAGGUCCGUGCGGGACAGUGACCACGAGGAAGAUGAAGAGGAGAGGAAGCAGAGCCGAGGCUGUGCCUUGCAGUACCAGCACGCCACGCUGCAGGUCUUCACCCAGUUCCACACCACGUCGGCAGAGGGCACGGGCCAGGUUGUCACCAUGCUGGGGCCGGACUGGCUGGUGGAAGUCACGGACCUGGUCAGCGACUUCAUGCGUGUGGAUGACCCGCGGGUGGCCCACAUGGUGGACAGCUUCACGCUGGCUGGGAGGGAGCCGGGCACCACGCUCUUCAAGGUCGUGUCCCCGCUCAUGGAAGCGGUGCUGGGCGAGACACUGGUGACGGUGGCAGAUGAGAAGGUCAGCAUCACAGACCUGAAGGCCCAAGUGAUCUCCAGCCUGUCCCUCUCCCUCCACCCCAGCCCUGGCAAUAGCCACACCAUCAUUGCCAAGACGUCCGCACAGCAGACCCUCAGCUUCUUCAAGCAGGAAGCGCUCCUCAGCCUGUGGAUUUCCUACAGUGAUGGCACCACGGCCCCCCUCUCCCUCUAUGACCCCAAGGAUUACAACCUGGUGGUGACCAGCCUGGAUGAGAAAGUGGUCUCAGUAACCCAAGACCGGCCCUUCCCCUUGGUGGUGGCAGAGAAUGAGGGCUCAGGGGAGCUGCUCCGGGCUGAGCUGGUCAUCUGUGAAAGCUGCCAGAAGACGAAGCGCAAGAGCGUGCUCUUCACAGCCCUGGCCAGUGUGCGGGUCCACUUUGGCUCCGAGGAGGACCCAACCUACGACUACGACCACGUGCCGAGCAAGCCGGGGCAGGAGGAGACAGCGGCAAGUACCACCCUGCGGGCAGAGGUGGAGAGAAAAGCGGAGCCAAGCGAGGACAGCAGGAUGUCUAGUGCAUCUCACCCCACUGAGGACUUCCCUACCAUCCCCACGGGCUUUGUUCAGGUGACCAGGGGGCUGACGGACCUGGAGAUAGGCAUGUAUGCGCUCCUGGGUGUCUUCUGUCUGGCCAUCUUGGUCUUCCUCAUCAACUGCAUUGUCUUUGUGCUGAAAUACCGGCACAAACGCAUCCCGCCAGAAGGUCAGACCAACAUGGACCAUUCCCACCACUGGGUCUUCUUGGGGAAUGGGCAGCCCUUGCGGGCUCACAAUGACCUCUCGCCCCAGCCUGAGAGUCCUGGGAACCCCUUAGAAAAUGUCCAGACUUGCUGCCACGGUGACCACCACAGCAGUGGGAGCUCACAGACCAGUGUGCAGAGCCAGGUCCAUGGCCGCGGGGACGGUUCCUCAGGGGGCUCCACACGGGACCAAAGCGAGGACCCACUCAACUCACCCACCUCCAAACGGAAGCGGGUGAAGUUCACCACGUUCGCCACGCUGCCCUCCGACGAGCUGGCCUACAACUCCAUCCCCAUCGCCGACGAGGAGGACUUGGAGUGGGUCUGCCAGGACAUGGGCCUCCAAGACCCCGAAGAGCUUCACAACUACAUCCGCAGAAUCAAAGAGAUCGCUUAACGCAGGGGCAGAGGGGCCGGG